UUCUUUUUAUUUCACCCCGUUUAAUUUCUCCCGCGGCGCACUUUAUUUUAUACAGCCGAACUUCCCAAUAUUUUCCAACGCGACGCUAACGUGCGCACUUCACUCCCUCUGACGAAUCCAUUAACGCCAUCGCGGUGGAGCUCCGCCGCACACAGAUUUUAUCGAUUGAGGACUUAGAGUAGAGGGAGGCCAUUGGCAGAAGGUAUAGAGGAGCUUAAUCCUUGGCAGAAGCUUAUCGAGGAUUUGAAUUUUGCGAAAUUUUGAAUUGUUAAAGUUUGUGAUUGUCUGCGAUUUGAUGGGUGUUGGGAUUUCUAGGCGUGGCUUCAAUUUUUGAUAAUUGUGGCUGAAUUGCUUUAAGGCGAGGUGCAUGUGAAUCAUGAGCUUUAAUUUUUUGACAAUAGAGAAGUGGAAAGUGAUGAUUGGUUUCCCUGAUUUGGGCACUGAAGCUGGAUUAGGGUUACGAAAGACUGUGUUUUUGUAAAAAGAUAUGGUUGACAAAAUGGAUGGGGAGGACAAGAAGUCCGGCUUUAAGAAAAGAUCAAAAUUUCUUGAGGCGAAUAUGGUUGAUUCUGAUGAUGAUGAGCCAAUUGGGUCACUGUUGAAGUUAAAGAGGCAGAGAAACCCUAAGAAGGUUAAGCCGCGGUCAGAGGGUGGCGGCGAAAGGGGCCAGAAGAUUGAGGACGAAGAAGAGUAUUUGGGGGGGCUGGAUGAUACCUUGGCAAGUUUGAGGAAGAAGUUGAAGGGUCCUAAGAAAGAUUCUGGGACUGGAACUAUGAGGGGGAGGAGUUUUGAUUUGGAUGGUGUACAGUCUUUGGAUCGGUCCUCUAAUGGGCAUGUGGAUGACGGGGGAUUAGAUGCAAAAUCGGUGUCAAGAGUUUUAGAGAAAGGCCCUGUCAUGGGUGAUGAUGGAUCUGAUGUGACUAUCGAUAUAGGGGUAGAAAACAAGCUUAAUGGAAAUGUAAGGGGAAAGAGACCCAAGAUUUCUAGGUCUAUGAGAUUUGGGGAAGGUUCUAAUAGCUCUUUGGAUCAUCAUCUGAGAGAUUCAUUACCAGCAUUUUCCCGGAAGUCACAAUCUGGUUUGGUAAUGAAUUCUCGUGCCUCUUCACGUCCAAAGGAGAAGAGUGGUUCUAAGGUUUUGGAGGAAGGGUUGAAACCUAGUGUGGAUGGUGUUGCACAAAACACGCCUUUAUCUGAUUCAAAUUCAUUGGAUUCAGCCUCUGAUCAUUGUAAGGCAGAUGAAAGUCAAAGUUUUGAUUACAGAUUAUGUCAAGCCUCUAACCUCCACAGGGAGAAUCAAGAGACAUUCAAUGAUAAAAAGCAUAAAAGGCCUUACAAAAUCGUUGCAGAAGAUCGAGCUCCUGUCUACUCACAUUCAGGAUUUGAUUCCAAAUUGAUUAACAAUGAAGCCAUAGUGGCUCCUUCUGGUUCAAAUUUUCAAGAGGGACCAUGCAGCUCAGAUGAAGUUAAUGAUGGAGACAGCAAACAUUUGACACAGCAAAUGCGAACUUUUGAGGAUGGAUUGAAGCACUGCUCUAUAGGAGGUUCCAUUCAGUCCAAGGAUGUUUUGGGUAGAUGCACCUCAGCUGCAGACUGUGAAACCUCUUCUCCAGCUGGGAAAGGAAUUAUGCGGCCUCAUUGUAAUGAUGAUCUUCUGGAUAAGUCAUGUGAAAAUACGUUGGAGGACAAACAUUUGGUGUCCUCCUUACAUCUACAACAGAACUCCUUGACAUGCCAUGUGAAGGUUGAGGAUGAGCUUGAUUCUGACAGAUGUCCAAACUUUUCCCAGCAUACUCAACAUCAGUUGUUGAACUUUGCCUCAAACACUGUGGGGAUGGAAGACACUCACAGUAAUUGUAAUGGUCUAAUUACUUACACUAAGAAUCCUGGGCUUGCUUCUGGUCCUUUACAGGAGAAAAAUGAUGUUCCAAUUCAUGAUCAUCUUAUCACUUGUGAAGAGGCUGAUGAAAAUGAGAGUUGCCCAGAAGACACAGUAUCUCUACCAGAUGUUGAAAACAAAAGCACUAAGCUAUCAGCUAUCCAGCGUGUGGGGCGCAAUGUUAGAAAGCGUAGGCAUGGAGACAUGGCUUAUGAGGGGGAUGCUGAUUGGGACGUAUUGAUAAAUGAUCAAGGUUCAGAUGGUGACAAUUCAUUUAGAAUGAGAGUGAAGUUUGAUUCCUCUUCAAGUAUUGGUACAGAGUCUGAAAGUGGUGAGGCUGCAGCAGUGUCUGCUGGUCUUAAAGCCAAUGCAGUCGGUCCUGUUGAGAAGAUCAAAUUCAAAGAGAUUUUGAAGCGCAGAGGUGGGGUUCAGGACUAUUUGGAAUGCAGGAAUCAGAUCCUUGCUCUGUGGAAUAAAGAUGUUAGUCGAAUUUUGCCUCUUACUGAUUGUGGGGUAACAGAUACUUCUUGUGCGGAUGAUUCACCUCGUGCUUCCCUAAUUAAGGAUAUUUAUGCAUUCCUUGAUCUCAGUGGCUAUAUAAAUAUUGGAAUUGCUCGUGAGAAGGAUAAAGCAGAACCUGGUUCCAAGCAUGACUAUAAAAUUUUGAGAGAAAAAAAUUUCGAGGAAAUUUCUGGGGUUUCAGUUGCUGAUUCAGAGGAUGGAGUUUCCUUUAUCAUAGGCCAGGUUAAGAGUUCUAAAACUAAAAUUGAUGUGAAGAGUGGUGUCAUAAUCAAAAGCAACAACUCGACGCAGGGAGUCUCAAGAGACAAUGAGCUUGUUACUACAGUGGCAUUGGAAUUAUCCAAUGCAACAAACCAUGCUGAGUGCAAGGCAGAUCACCUGGAAAACACAAGUGUUGAUGCAAGGUUACAAAGUAAAUUGGACAAUAUGGAUGUUUCAAGUAGUGUUCCAAUUGGUGAGACAUUGGGUGAUGGAGGCAUCCCUCUUGUAACUCCAGAGUUAAAGAAUGUAUCACAUAGUACUCAGUGUGCAUCGCAAGAUCAUGCAGUGAGAAAUAAUAAUCUGCAAUGCGGUCUGGAAGUCAAAAAGAAAAUCAUUGUCAUAGGUGCUGGUCCUGCUGGAUUAACUGCUGCACGCCACUUGCAACGUCAGGGCUUUUCAGUCACUAUAUUGGAAGCUAGGAGUAGGAUAGGGGGCCGUGUUUAUACAGACAGGUCAUCUCUAUCAGUUCCUGUGGAUCUUGGUGCUAGCAUUAUAACUGGUGUUGAGGCUGAUUGGGCAACUGAAAGACGACCAGACCCCUCCUCUUUGGUUUGUGCUCAGCUGGGCCUUGAGUUGACUGUCUUAAACAGUGAUUGCCCUCUUUAUGACAUUGCAACAGGUGAAAAGGUUCCUGCAGAUCUGGAUGAAGCAUUGGAAGCAGAGUUCAACAGCCUUCUCGAUGACAUGGUAUUGCUUGUUGCAAAGGAGGGAGAACAGACAAGAUUGUCCCUCGAGGAAGGUUUGGAAUAUGCCCUCAAGAGGCGUCGUAUGGCAAAAACAGGGACUAGUAUUGAAGCGAAAGAACUGAAUGGUUUAAUGGAUGGUUUCAUUGAUGCCAAAAAAAGUAUUGAUAGAGCUGAAGAAAGUUGUCAAAAGCAAGAGGUUUUGAGCCCUCUUGAGAGGAGGGUCAUGGAUUGGCAUUUUGCCAAUUUGGAAUAUGGUUGUGCUACUCUGCUGAAGGAGGUAUCUCUCCCCAACUGGAACCAGGAUGAUGUUUAUGGUGGCUUUGGAGGAGCUCACUGCAUGAUUAAGGGGGGUUAUAGCACUGUUAUUGAGUCUCUUGGAGAAGGACUUCAAAUUCGCUUGAAUCAUGUAGUAACUGAUGUUUCAUAUGGCACCAAGGAUGCUGGAUUGAAUACUAACCCGGGUAACAAAGUCAAGGUUUCCACAUCUAAUGGCAACGAUUUUUCGGGAGAUGCAGUCUUGGUAACAGUACCUCUUGGUUGCUUAAAAGCAGAAACUAUCAAAUUUUCCCCACCGUUACCCCACUGGAAACAUUCUUCCAUCCUGCGACUUGGGUUUGGAGUUCUUAAUAAAGUAGUUUUGGAAUUUCCGGAUGUCUUUUGGGAUGACUCUGUGGAUUACUUUGGAGCAACUGCUGAGGAAACAGACCUGAGGGGCCAGUGCUUUAUGUUCUGGAAUGAGAAAACCGUUGGGGCUCCUGUUCUUAUAGCUUUAGUGGUUGGUAAGGCAGCUAUAGAUGGGCAAAAGAUGAGCCCUUCUGAACAUGUUAACCAUGCUUUAGCGGUACUUCGUAAAUUGUUUGGAGAGGCUUCAGUACCUGAUCCUGUUGCAUCAGUUGUGACAGAUUGGGGUAGGGAUCCUUUCAGCUAUGGUGCCUACUCAUAUGUUGCUGUUGGAGCUUCGGGGGAAGAUUAUGAUAUACUAGGGAGACCUGUUGAGAACUGCCUAUUUUUUGCUGGUGAAGCUACCUGCAAGGAGCAUCCUGACACUGUUGGUGGUGCGAUGAUGAGUGGCCUUCGGGAGGCAGUGCGUAUAAUUGACAUACUUACUACUGGAAAUGAUUACACAGCAGAAGCAGAGGCAAUUGCGGGCAUUCAGAGACAAUCAGAUUCUGAAAGGGAUGAAGUUAGAGACAUGACAAGGAGACUUGAUGCAGUUGAACUUUCAAAUGUCCUUUACAAGAACAAGGAGGCCCUACUCCAGGACAUGUUCUUUAAUGCAAAGACCACUAAAGGAAGGUUGCAUCUGGCCAAAGAGUUAUUAAGUCUUCCCGCUGAAACGUUGAAGUCCUUUGCUGGCACCAAAGAAGGGCUGACUAUUCUCAACUUGUGGAUACUGGACUCGAUGGGGAAGGCUGGGACUCAACUCUUGCGGCAUUGUGUUCGGCUCCUUGUGCUUGUUUCAACAGACCUACUGGCUGUGCGCUUGUCUGGCAUUGGGAAGACUGUAAGAGAAAAAGUUUGUGUACAUACGAGCCGUGAUAUACGUGCCAUAGCAAGUCAGCUGGUUAAUGUGUGGCUUGAAGUUUUUCGCAAGGAAAAAGCUUCCAAUGGUGCAUUGAAGUUGUCAAGGCAAGCAACUGCUGCAGAUGCAUGGAAGAGAAAAACAAUUAGAGAUCCAUCUUCUAGUAAGCCACCUCUACACACAUUUCAUUGUGGUUUGGAGCACAAAGGAAGCUUACAGGAUUCAGCAUCCACCGCAAGCCAUUUGCCUUUGAAUGCAAAUGGCAGGCCACAUUCUGAGCUAAAGGAGAUUGACGUUGCUGUGACAGAAGCAGAACGAGCUGCCAUUGCUGCUGCUGAAGCAGCCCGUGCAGCAGCACUUGCAGCUGCCGAGGCAUAUGCAUCUUCAGAAGCCAAGAGCAGUACACUGCUUCAGCUUCCCAAGAUUCCCUCAUUUCAUAAGUUUGCUCGACGGGAGCAGUACCCUCAAAUGGAUGAGUAUGAUUUGAGGAGGAAGUGGUCUGGUGGUGUUUUGGGUAGACAAGAUUGUGUAUCAGAAAUAGACUCCAGGAACUGCAAAGUUAGGGACUGGUCAGUUGAUUUCUCUGCUGCUUGCGUCAAUAUUGAUAGUUCAAGAAUGUCAGUCGAUAACCUCUCGCAGCGGAGCAAUCCAAAUGAGACUGCUAGUCAAACGAAUUUCAGAGAGCACUCAGGAGAGAGUGCUGCUGUCGACAGCAGUAUUUAUACAAGAGCAUGGGUUGAUACAGCUGGUAGUGCCGGGAUAAAGGAUUAUCAUGCCAUUGAGAUGUGGCAAUCUCAAGCAGCUGCAGCAGACCCUGAUUUUUUCCAUUCAGCACCAUAUAUAAAUGACGAGGAAGAUUCAAAUACGACUUCGAGAAAACACAGCUGGAAGAAUGAAGGACCUGUAAAUGAGAGCUCUGUUUCCCAAGUUACCAUGAACAAGGAGUCGUUAAAAAGUCAUCAUCGAGGAGCAGAUAAUAUUAAGCAGGCUGUUGUCGAUUAUGUGGCUUCAUUGCUUAUGCCCCUUUAUAAAGCUAAAAAAAUAGAUAGAGAGGGAUACAAGUCAAUCAUGAAGAAAAGUGCUACCAAGGUCAUGGAGCUGGCCACAGACUCAGAAAAAGCAAUGGCUGUUUCUGAGUUUCUUGAUUUCAAGCGCAGGAACAAGAUCCGUGCAUUUGUGGAUACAUUGAUUGAGAGGCACAUGGCAGCAAAGCCCACAAUGAAAUCUUGAUGGUCCCUUGGGUUGAUUGGCCUGUGUUUGUGCAUGGACUUCUGUAGUUCCUGGAUGAAUUUACAGAGUAAGCUUGGAAGUGGUGGCUCACAGAUAGAAUCAAAUCGGAUCUUCUUAAUGGAACUGCCAACAAGCACUUCAGUGAUUUAGAAGGAGCAAUGGUAGAAAGGGCACGUUUGUUGCCUGUUGAACCGGGCAUCGUGAAAUGCGAUUAUGUUUGGUCAGUGCAACAGGGACAACCAUUUUGGAUGCAAAUGGAAGUAUAAUGAAUUCUCUCAAAGCAGGUUGCUUUGUCCGUUUCAAUUACAUGCAUCAACUUGGUAUGGAGAUGAUAGCAGAUUGCACGAAGAAGUUGGCUUGUCAUAUCCUAUUUUUCAUUCAGGGAUCCUCAACGAGGAGAAACUAAUUCCUGACUUUUUUCUUUUAUCAUUAUUUCCUAUGUGUACAGAGUAGGAUUGUGUUAGUCAACAAGAAUACAGAACAUUUUUCCAUGGUGGCCAAAGUACUUUAAUCUGAUAUGGUUACUCUUUUGGUUAUACAGAAACCACUAACUUCAUAUUUCCUCUCCAUUAAAUUGAACGGAGUUGCAUAUUUCUCUAUUGGCAGACAAAGGGAUGAAAUAUGUGCUUUCUGAA